AUGCCUACCAAGCUAUCGAACCCCUUCUCAGCCCUCUCCAACAUGACGCCGCACGAGAAGCUUGGGGACCGUAGGCUGUCCCAGUCUCGCACGAACCGUCUGACUCAGCUCUUUUCCUCGUCUCCCAAGAACAAAGAGCAGCCCUCUGCUCAGCAGUCUCUGCUGGCUGUACAGCAGGUCGCCAAUUCGGCCCAGAUUACCGCUCCCUCAUUAUCGCUGCCUACCAUCUCCCUAUCCACCGCGACCGCCGGCGAGGUCAACGACGAUGAGCCCUCAACAACCCUGUUCCAGCCCCCCUCAGACGCAGAGGACAGGAAAAAGAGGCGCGCAGAGGCACAAUUUGGCCCUCUCUUGCAUCCGAGCCACAGAUAUGUUAGCAGGCACCGCGGCGGCACUCUGGAUCCACCCAUCGAGGACGAGCCUCCCUACUACUUCGUCCUCACCACGUACAUCAGCUACCUGCUCCUGAUCUUCUUCGGCCACGCCCGUGACUUUUUCGGCAAGCGCUUCGGUGACCAGAAGCGUUACAGCAGUAUCCGCAGCGGCAAUGGCUACGCUCCCCUGACAGAUGAUUUCGACAGCUUCUACAUCCGCAGGCUGAAGAGGAGAAUCGACGAUUGCUUCUCCCGGCCCACCGUUGGCGUUCCCGGGCGUUACAUCACACUGGUCGAUCGUAUGUCGACCGACUACAACCAGAGCUACACCUUUACCGGCACCUACACCCAGACCCUUAACAUGAGCUCCUACAACUACCUUGGAUUCGCCCAGUCCGAGGGCCCUUGUGCAGAUGCCGCCGAGGAGAUCGUCCGCAAGUAUGGCAUGGCCACCUGCAGCGCCAGGGCCGAUGCCGGUACAUCUGACCUCACUCUCGAGGUCGAGAAGGAGAUCGCGCAGUUCGUCGGAAAGCCUGCUGCCAUGGUCUUCUCCAUGGGCUACGUCACCAACGCUGGCACUUUCCCGGCCCUUGUCUCCAAGGGCUGCUUGAUCAUCUCUGACGAGCUCAACCACGCCUCUAUCCGAGUGGGUGCCCGUCUGUCCGGCGCCAUCAUCAAGUCCUUCAAGCACAACGACAUGGUCGACCUGGAGAAGAAGCUCCGGGACGCCAUCUCUCAGGGGCAGCCUCGCACGCAUCGCCCUUGGAAGAAGAUCCUGGUCGCAGUCGAGGGUCUGUACUCUAUGGAGGGUAACAUGGUUGAUCUUCCUGGCGUCAUUGCCCUGAAGAGAAAGUACGGCUUCUACCUUUACGUCGACGAGGCUCACAGCAUCGGUGCUCUUGGCCCCAGAGGUCGUGGCGUCUGCGACUACUACAAGAUCGACCCCAACGAGAUCGACAUUCUCAUGGGUACCCUGACCAAGUCCUUCGGUGCCAACGGUGGCUACGUCGCUGCAGAGAAGCCCAUCAUCGACAAGCUGAGGAGCGUCAAUGCUGCGACUCUGUAUGGAGAAUCCGCGGCUCCUGCCGUCCUGGCACAGAUUCUGGCCUCCCUCAAGAUCAUCGACGGCGUGCUGGCCCCAGGGCAAGGAGACGAGCGACUGCAACGCAUCACCUUCAACUCGCGCUACCUCCGACUCGGGCUCAAGCGACUUGGUUUCAUCGUCUACGGCCACGAUGACUCCCCCAUCAUCCCUAUCAUGCUCUACAACCCGGCCAAGAUGUCUGCAUUCAGCCAUGAGAUGCUGAAGCGCAAGAUCUCGGUUGUGGUGGUGGGCUACCCCGGCACGCCCCUGAUCAGCUCAAGAGCCAGAUUCUGUGUCUCGUCUGCGCACAACAAGGACGACCUGGACCGUGUUCUGGCCGCCUGCGACGAGGUCGGUGAUAUCCUGCAGGUCAAGUUCUCGUCAGGUAUUGCUGGAGGUCUCGAGGAGCCACUGCCCACGGGGGUGUCUGCAGAGGAUGAGAAGGAGUGGCGGAAGGCGAACGGACGGGAAGUCAUCCAGCCCCCACGCUGGAAGUUGGAGGAUGUGAUUGACUGUGGCGCGCGUGAUACCCAGUUGCCUCUGCGAUAG